GUCAAAUCAAUCAUCUAGUGAAGGACACAGACACACUUUGCCAAGAUGGCUUCCAUGUCCAUGUCCUUACAUGCGGUCAAUCACCGGUUAACCAAUAUCCCCGUCAAACAACUACCGCCUAUCGCAUCAUGCCUUGCGACUUCAUUGAGCAAUUGCGGGGAGCUUCUUUCUAUGCCGCAGAAUCAGAAAUCCAAAUCCGAGUCGGACAAUGCCGUUCAAGUCCAUAAGCUUAUGACUCGCUUGGCAAGUCUACUACAGGAUAAGUCUCCAGAAGGCCGAUGGACUGCCGUUGUGCUUGUGAAAGCUGUUGUCGAAGCCGGUCAAUGGGAGAUCCUACGGGGAUGCGAACCGCUUGUUCGCGGUCUGAUUGCGAUUCUUGCUAAACCCGAUCCGAAUUCCACGAAGAAAAUGGCUGUUAUCACUUUGACACGCAUAUUCCACCUUACCUAUCAGUAUCCCACCCUCGUGCGCGAGAUAACAACACCAUCUCUACCAAGCUUCAUCACUUCGGCUUUAAAUCUUAUCUCGGUUAAACCUCCAUCGGAGUCUAUCAGGAAGUUGAAGCCUCACACUCCCUUUUUGGAAACCGUCCUCAAUGCACUCGGAGAGUUAAUCGCACGCCAUCCAACAAUCUUCCGUCCGUUUUCGUCGCAGAUGCAUAGUAUUCUCCAGGCAAUUAUUAGCUCGACGUCGCCUGUAUUCCCUCAAACAGUGCUAGCCUCCGCUGAGCGACUAUUUAUCUCUUUGCAUCAUUGCGCUCCAAAGAAUACAUCUGGGGAGGAAUGGAAGAAUGCUUGCCAGAUGACAAUUGCUUCUAUCCAUGGCACUGCAGAUUACGUACUCCGAGCAGUUGUAGAACAGUGGGAAUCCGUGGAUCCAGCUCUCCGACAUGCUUCACGACCACAAGAUUACAGCAGAGAAGUUGGCGAUAAUGGUCCAGACACUCUGGGGCUCUCCAGCUGGCAGGGCCUUGACGCCGGAGUGAGCAGGCUUGUCGUGCUCUUGCAAAUGCUUUCUACUUGCCUUACGACCGCAACAGCCUCCAUGGUCACCAUUCCGGUAGGCUCUAUACUGGACCUGACAUCGCGGCUGACUGCUGUGGUUGUUCCCUCUGAUGGACGAAGCAUUCAACCCAAUCCGCAGAUUAGCCGUAUAGAGAGGGAUCAUCUUUUCGCUGAGCUCCCUCGUAUUCACGUUGGCUGCAUGGAGCUCCUCUUCAACCUCGUGAAGACAUUCGAAACAGGCGCUGUCUCUGUUACCCAGACUAUCCUAGAGCAGACCCUUUGGGUCUACCGUGCGGAAAAGUUCAGCCGAGAAAUUCGCGUUUCUACAUAUGAUCUGGUUAAUACUCUGCUCACCCGGAUGGGUCCUUCGUUGACAAAGCCAAGCCUUUCUUCUCUUACCGAUCCAAUACGAGCUUCGUGCCAUGAUCUUUUGCCUCCUGCACAUGACCAGGGCGCCUCAGCGAAGGCAGCGUCUGACCCCAAGGGCAAAACCAAAUCGAACCAGGCUACCGCAAAUGCAGACUCCUUCCUCAACCCAGGAUUAAAGCAAAGCCGUCAGUCUACUGCGUCCUGUUCCUCAGCUCUUAAGAGAGCUGCUUCGGAGCUGCUCGCUGCAGUGCUCAUGCAUGCCCCAACUGAAUACCUAUCCCCGUCGCUCCGAGCUGAGAUCGAUCGGACAAUCAUUUUAACAUCUGAUAAGCACACUAUGCUUGCCAGUGUGCUCAAUCCUGUCCCUGCUGUGAAGGGUCGUGGAGUAAGCGCGAGUAUUAUACCGUUCUUGGCUCGGAGCUUCCCUACGGAUAUGGAAGUGGAGGGUCUUAUCAGGCCUAGGAUGCCUGUUUUGGCGACUACUCCAGGUAUUGGCGGAUAUGUUGAUGUGGAAGAAGAGGAUGAAGAAGAGGAUGAAUAUGUGUCCGCACCUGUUUCUCGGACAGUCCCAGCGACCACUGGAUUUCUGCAGCCAUCCUCAACCCCUAAUCUACACAACGAUUUGAUGGAUAUGGAUGUCUCCCACAAGUCUGCUGCAGCUAUAAACAAACGCAGCCUCGUGGAGGACAGCAGACCACGGCCUCCAGUCCCUAGUUCAGCAGAGAAGGCAGAACCUAAUGUCCAGAGCAAAAGGCCCCGCUUCGAAAACGAUCUCACUGCAGUUUCCAGUCAGCCAUCAUUAAGCAGAGCAUCCCCUGCAACAUUCACAGGCACCGCUGCUGUCUCUGUUCCUUCGUCUUCAACUACUGCCACUUCGGCUCCACCACCUCGGGUUGCCAGUGUGAAUACACCAUCUACAACGACUAUUGGCGGUCCACUCUCCGGCUCAGCCGUUGCACAGACCACCUCGGCAGAUAUUGGGGAGGAUGACAGCGAUGAUGAUUUACCAGCCUUGAACGUUGAUCCGGAUACGGAAGAUGAGGAUGAGGAUGAGACCAUGGAGGACUAAUUUGUAUAGUAUGUCCAUAGCGGGUGAGAAAUCUAGACUUUAUUCGCAUA